UGGGAGCGAGAGGGAGGUGCAGGGGGGAGGAGUUGGACUAGGACCAUCCAGAGCUGACAGACGGGAUCUACGAAACCAGAAAACCUCCACAUUACAGAGCAAAACCUGAGAAUAUACAGGAAACCUGACACUGCAACGUUCUAAUGAAAGAAGAGAAGGAGAUGAUGGACCCGUCUAACGGGCUGAACCGGCCGCUGGAGAUUGUCCCAAACACGGAGGUGAAGAUGAAGGACAGAGGACAGUGGAGCAACAAGCUGGAGUUUGUCCUGUCGGUGGCCGGAGAGAUCAUCGGACUGGGAAACGUGUGGCGCUUCCCGUAUCUCUGCUACAAGAACGGUGGAGGUGCAUUUUUCAUCCCCUACCUGAUCUUCCUCUUCACCUGCGGUAUUCCCGUGUUUUUCCUGGAGAUCUCUCUGGGUCAGUUCACCAGCGAGGGAGGAAUCACAUGCUGGAGGAAGAUCAGCCCGCUGUUUGAAGGCAUUGGUUACGCCACUCAGGUCAUCGUGGCUCUGCUCAACUUCUACUAUAUAAUAGUUCUGGCCUGGGGAAUAUUUUACCUGUCCUUCUCCUUCACCUGGAACCUGCCGUGGGCCUCCUGCAACAACACCUGGAACACAGAUGCUUGUGUGGAAUUCCAAAGACGAAAUGUAUCCAAUGACCAAACUUACCUUGAUAACGCAACAUCACCCGUCAUUGAGUUUUGGGAACGCAGAGUUCUGCGGAUCUCGUCUGGGAUUGAGGAGAUAGGAACGCUGCACUGGGAUCUGGUCUUCUGUCUGUUGUUGGCCUGGGUUCUCUGCUAUUUCUGCAUCUGGAAAGGCGUCAAAUCCACCGGCAAGGUGGUGUACUUCACUGCGACCUUCCCGUAUUUGAUGCUGUUGAUUUUACUGAUCAGAGGGGUCACACUGCCCGGAGCAUCCCGUGGGAUCCAGUUCUAUCUUUAUCCCGACCUGGGACGGUUAGCUGACCCGCAGGUGUGGAUGGACGCAGGCACGCAGAUCUUCUUCUCAUAUGCUAUAUGUUUAGGUUGCCUUACUGCACUCGGAAGCUACAAUAAAUACAACAACAACUGCUACAGGGAUUCUUUGGCUUUGUGUUUCCUGAACAGCGGAACCAGUUUUGUCGCUGGUUUUGCCAUCUUCUCGAUUCUCGGCUUCAUGUCUUAUGAACAGAACGUCCCAAUUUCAGAAGUGGCCGAGUCUGGUCCUGGUUUGGCGUUCAUUGCAUAUCCGCGGGCAGUGUCCAUGAUGCCCAUCUCUCCGCUGUGGGCCUGUUUCUUUUUCAUCAUGAUUGUACUUCUGGGGUUGGACAGUCAGUUCGUGUGUGUGGAGAGUCUGGUCACGGCUAUGGUGGACAUGUACCCCGCUUUCUUCCGGCAGAAGAACCGCAGAGAGCUGCUCAUCCUCGCCGUGGCCGUCGUGUCCUUCCUCGUGGGACUCAUUAUGCUCACAGAGGGUGGAAUGUAUGUCUUCCAGCUGUUUGAUUACUACGCAGCCAGUGGGAUGUGUUUGCUAUUCGUAGCUAUUUUUGAGACCGUCUGCAUCGCUUGGAUAUACGGUGCUAAUCGGUUUUAUGACAAUAUUGAGGACAUGAUUGGUUACCGUCCUGGCCCGUAUAUUAAAUACUGCUGGCUCUUCUUCACCCCAGCCACAUGUUUUGGUACGUUUGCGUUCUCCCUGAUCAAAUACACUCCUCUGAAGUAUAAUAAUGAGUAUGUGUACCCGUGGUGGGGUUACGCUCUCGGCUGGCUGCUGGCGCUCUCUUCUAUGGUUUGCAUCCCGCUGUGGGUUGUUUCUAAACUGAGCAUGGCCAAAGGUUCACUGAGAGAGCGGAUCCACGAGCUCAUCACGCCCUCACCAGACCUCCCCAAAACCAGACGAGAGCAGGAGAAACUUCAGGCCAUCUUUGCAGCCGACGGCGACACUCUUCGCCAGCGAGGCGGUCCGACCAAAGAUGGGUACUUCCCCGUCAGCGAGAAGGAGUCGCACUGUUAGCUCAGCCGUCCCGUGAUGGACCACUGUAUGUUUCCCUGAGGGUGGUGCUUCUAAACCUUCCCAUGAUACCUCACACAGUACUGGCAGCCAAAUAAGCAU